GCCACAUGCCAGGAACUAGUGCAUCAGUGUUUGUGUCGUUAGGAUAUCUGAAUUACGGGUUUCCAUGUUGAUGGAUACAGGAUCAAGCGUAACGAUAAUGAAUAACAAGCUUAUUGAGGAUGAAUUGCUGAUUCCGACCGAUGUAAGAGUCACCUCCGAAGUUCGACAUAGAAGACAAUCCUGAGAGGUAGAGACACGAUAAUGGGGGAUCCUAAUCAGCGUGCGUUCCGAAAGACUCCUGCCGUCCUGCUUCCAUCCAAGUCCGAGCUGACUCAGAUAUCAGACGACCUCCGCCUGAAGUGUAGCGAGGAGGAAAUAGACGGAUUCCGUGAAUAUUUCAAGGGCACUAUGGAUGUUUAUCAACGUAUCAGUGAAAUCCCAGAACCACAACUGCCGGUAAAGUAUCCAAGAACACCGGGUCACAAGGAAACAAAGGAUAACUCCUGGUAUUGGCGAUGUGACAUCAAGGGUGCCGACAUUGGUAAACUGGCCGGUAAAACUAUAGGGGUCAAGGACAAUGUAGCCGUGGCUGGAGUUCCCAUGAUGAAUGGUAACAAGCAGCUGGAGGGAUACACCCCGGAGUUCGAUGCCACAAUUGUCACGAGGAUGCUUGACGCUGGUGGACGUAUCGUUGGCAAGACGACAUGUGAGGAUUUGUGUUUAUCGGGAACUUCAUGGACCUCCUCGAAUGGACCCAUUCCAAAUCCCUAUAGUCCCACUCGAGCGGCGGGAGGAUCCAGUAGCGGUUCCGCUUCUCUUGUUGCUCGAGGAGAGAUAGACAUGGCAAUCGGCGCUGACCAGGGAGGCUCUAUCCGUAUUCCAUGCAGCUGGUGUGGGAUAGUGGGAUUCAAACCAACUUUCGGUCUAAUACCCUACACAGGGGCCGUACCUAUAGAAAUGACUGUGGAUCAUCUCGGACCAAUGACGCGUACAGUGGCGGAUUGUGCCCUUCUACUCGAGGUGCUAGCGGGAUAUGAUGACGGGACGGACCCCCGACAACCGCCGGAUAUUACAGUUCCUCCCUACUCUACCCUACUCACGAAGGGCGUGGAAGGUAAACGAGUCGGUAUCCUGACAGAAGGUUUUAACGGAGUAGACGUGGGCGUGUCAAAAUGUGUCAAGGAUGCUUCUUACAGACUCCGGGAGGCGGGGGCCGUGGUAGAAGAGGUGUCUAUACCACUACAUACUGACGGAUUUGCUAUAUGGCUUCCAAUAAGUUACGGAGCCUACAAUAUGAUGAUUAAAGGAAACGGGAAUGGAGAGAACUGGAAGGGACAUUACUGCACGUCCAUGCAAGAAGCUUUAGCCCGAGGGUACAACCUCCGCCCGCACGACUUCAGUUUACCGUGUAAAAUGCUGGCGGUGUCUUGUGAGUACAUGGUCAGAAACUACCAGAACAAAUUCUACGCCAAAGCCCAAAACCUCAACCGUCUACUCACCCAGGCGUACGACCAGGCGCUACAGACAUACGACGUUCUAGUUAUGCCAACACUGCCUUGUACAGCUAUGGAGCUACCCACAACAGACACACCCGUGUUAGAAACUCUUCGCCUGACCUUUGGAAUGAUGAAAAACACCGCACCAUUUAACGCAACCGGACAUCCGGCUUUAACUGUCAACGCCGGAAGUUGUGAAGGACUUCCAGUCGGAAUAAUGUUCGUUGGCCGCAGCUUCGAUGACCUUAUGGUCUUGCGAAUGGCGCAUGCUUUUGAACAAAUUAGGGACCAACCUCCCAAAAAGACAUGCAACAAAUGACUACAAAAUAGUAAAUAAAAGAACGUGAAAUUAUUGUUCACCCCUAGAUAUCUGCUGCACAAUACAUAUAUAAAUUAUUGUUAAUUGUGUUUGUGACUAUAUGGCAAGUUUACUUUCUUUGUACUCCUUGAGUUUAUGUUUUCUAGUGAUUAUUUUAGCUAUAAAGUGUCACAUUGCAGAAUCAUUUGGUAAACGGUAGAGUAAUUGACUUAUAACUUAGCGCCGAAUUCCACUCCUAGAGAAGACACUUUAUAAAUAGAUCUGAUCUAAAACAGCAUUUAACAUGUCAAUUGCUCUCAAUGUGCUUCAGUACACUUGUAUUGAAAGGUUUCCGAGGCAUGAUGAAACGCUAUCAAAUUGAUGAUAAACCCUCCAUGUGCUAUGUCAUCGCUCUCUUACAUUAACUUCCAGGAGUUAUAGUAUCGUGCGUUAACUUCAACGGGUUACGUUAACUAAUGUUCUCUGUAGCGUAAUCCCUAAAAUUUCGAGAAUGGUGCUUUAUUUGUUAAGGGAUAUAAACAGAUACAUA